AUGCUUAAAAAUGCGUCUGUGAAAAUGUUUUUCCCGCGCUCGCUAGCUUCAACCAAUGGUCUUAGGCUAUUUCAGAGAUCUAUUGGUAGUGUGAAUGUCUUGCAGACUUUACGGAAUCGGGGACUUUUAGCGCAAGUAUCUGAGCCUGAAUCUUUGUUGGAGCAGAAGCUGCUGAACGGGGACAAAAUUGGUUUGUAUUGUGGUGCAGAUCCCACUGCCAAGUCAUUGCAUUUGGGAAACCUUCUGCCAUUGAUGGUGUUGCUUCACUUUUAUAUUGCAGGCCAUGAUGUUUAUACAGUUGUUGGCGGUGCCACAGGUCAGGUCGGCGACCCCAGCGGUCGCAGUACGGAAAGGGUCGCGUUGGAAAACUCGGAAAGACUGAGCAACAUCUCGAAGAUUCAAUUGCAACUACGUUCGUUCUUCGAACGAGGACUGGAAUAUUAUAACUAUAAGCACAAGGAAACCUCUGCGAAAAUUGGACGAGCGAUACAUACCAAUAAUAACAAUUGGUGGAGCGAUAUGAAAAUGUUAGAUUUUCUGGCUAUGUAUGGCCGGCACAUUAGAGUCAAUACAAUGCUAUCUCGAGACUCUGUGUCUUCCAGACUUGAUGGGAAGGACGGUAUUGGAUUCAACGAGUUUACUUAUCAGAUUUUGCAAGCGUACGAUUUUUAUCAUUUAAACAAAACCUGUGAUGUUACUGUGCAAGUCGGUGGAAAUGAUCAAUGGGGUAACAUCACUGCGGGCAUCGAUUUAAUUGGGAGAAUAGGUACUAAAUCUAAAAAGGAAGAUCAUGCGUUUGGCUUAACGGUCCCACUUUUGACUACAUCCACCGGAGAAAAAUUCGGCAAAUCUGCGGGAAACGCUGUGUUUAUAGACCCGCAGAUCACGACGCCAUUUGAAAUGUAUCAGUAUUUCAUGCGCACUACAGAUGAGGAUGUUGGAAAACUGCUGCGAACAUUUACUCUUCUGUCUAACGACUUUAUUGAAGAAACGAUUCACUCCGGCAGCCAAAAUCCCAAAGAACGGUCGGCCCAAAAGCUGCUUGCCAGAGAGGUCGUGGAUCUGGUUCACGGUGUAGGCAGAGGUCAGGACGCCGAGACAAUAUCUGAAGUUCUCUACGGAACACGCAAGCUCGAGCUUAGGGCCUCUGAUAUUCUGAGGACUUUUCAAGACGCAGGAAUCCUGAUUCGUUGCGACAGAGGUUUACCACUUGACCAGAUAAUUGUGCACGCAACUGGAUGUUCGAAGUCCGCAGCGCGUCGCAAGCUGAAGCAGGGCAGCAUUUAUAUUGGCCCGGAAAGAACAAAAGUGCUGGAGUAUUCCGUCGACCUAGAAUCCUUUUACAUUGAUGAUAGAGUUUUGAUUCUGAGAACUGGUAAGCAGACAUGCUAUGUUAUUGAAAUAAACUAG